ACACUACCGUGUCUCGUGAUAUUGAUCAAUAUGGCACGCAAAACAUUUAUAACUCGGAUCAGAGUGGAUUUCAAUUAGAAUUUCAUUCCGGUCGUACCUUAGCACAUAAAGGUGUAAAAAAGGUAGAAUCUGUAGUACAGUCUAUAUCAGCAACCACACACAGUUAUACCAUACAGCCGACUAUUUCAGCUGAUGGUAGAUUGUUGUCGCCUCUUUUUAUUACAUUGAAAGAAAUUACAGGAACCUUUGGUCCGAGAGUGCAGGAAACAUUAUUUAAAGCGUCUAAUAUUUUUGUUACAGCUUCAAAAUCAGGCAAAUUAAUAUCAAAUCAUGUAAAAACUUGGCUGAAAGAUGUCUUUUUUCCAAAUGUCGGACCACGAUCCGUACUAUUAUUAGAUUCGUGGAGUGGACACUGUCCCAACAUAAUUUCAGAAACGAGACCAGAUUCUGCGACAGAUAUUAUUUUCCUAACUAUUCCGGCCGGUACAACGGGAAAAAUUCAGCCAUUAGAUGUAUACGGCUUCCGAUUAUGGAAACAUUUUAUUAAACAUUUCUCCGACACCAUUAUAUUGUUAGAUCUUGCAAUAGAUCUUCACGUAGGAAAUAAUAUUCUGAAAUUGCAAUCAUUAACACAUAACCAAUUUUCGUCACCCAGGUUUCAAAAUUUAUUUAAAUUUGCGUGGUUUAAAAGUGGGUAUAUACAGAAUAGACCGGAAGAAUAUCAAACACCAGGUGAAUUUUGUUUCAAAGAUCAUUCCAGAUUGAAAUGCGAUAUAUGUGAUGGAAUUUCUGUAAUUAUUUGUUCUUGGUGUAAAAAAUCGCUUUGUAUCACACAUUUCUUCCAUGAGCACCAUCUAUGUAAUGAAUAUGUGCCAUAAAUGUAAUACAAAUUUUGAAAUAUUA